AUGGUUAGUUGGUCUUCUAUUCUGAUGGCAAAACCCACCACAAUUAAAUUGGCUAUCGCAAAUUGGGAGGCUCGAACUGGCCAAAAGGCUAGCGAAGCCACAGAAGUUAAACUUUAUGCACAGUAUCCUCCAAUUGAGAAAAUGGAUUCUGGAUUAUCGCUCUUGGCAAAUUGCGAGCAAUUUUCAGAACACCUUCGCGUUCUCUCGCUUGCACGAAACAAUAUUAAAACUAUUUCUGGUUUGGAACCUGUUGGAGAAACUCUUGAAGAACUGUGGAUUUCAUAUAAUAAUAUUGAAAAACUUAAAGGACUUGGUUCCCUUAAGAAAUUGCGCGUACUUUAUAUGGCUAAUAAUAAAGUUAAGGAUUGGAGUGAAUUGCUUAGGUUAAAUGAUCUCCCUUCGCUUGCAGACCUGGUUUUCGUCGGAAAUCCACUGGAAGAACACAACCAGGAGACGUUUCGGGAUGAUGCUAUGAAGAAGCUACCUAGAAUUAAGAAACUUGAUGGUGAGGCUACGUUUUCUAGAUUUAUUUAG